GUCACCAAACAUUCACUGUCAUGACUUCAACAUUGUCAUAUCUCUUAUCUGUGACUUGCAUUCUUAUCAUCAACAGAUCAUCAAGUGCCAACAGCUGUCUUCCUGCCGAUGACACUGGAGCUUUGUACCUCAAACAGCUGAGACAAGCAUUAGACAAUGCCGAGUGCAACCUAGUCCAGGGAACCAAGUACCAAGACUACCUUGUCAGAGAUGGAGAAAUCUUUGACUUUGUUGUGGUCGGAGGAGGGUCUGCAGGGUCUGUGCUGGCUGGCAGACUUUCAGAGAAUCCUGAUUGGACGGUGUUGCUGCUGGAGGCAGGAGGAGACCCGACAGUCGCUAGUGAGGUGCCGGGGAUGUUUGGUGCCACUCUCAACUCUAACAUAGACUGGCAGUACCACACAGAGCCUGAGGCCAACAACUGUUUAGGUAGUGUCAACUCCAGCUGUUUGUGGCCGAGAGGUAGAGUCCUCGGAGGCUCGAGCGCCAUCAACGCCAUGUUGUACGUCAGAGGAAACCCGAGGGACUUUGACAGUUGGGAGGAAACCGGUAACCCUGGAUGGAGCUACAAACACUUGCUGCCUUAUUUCAAAAAAUCUGAACACAUGAGAUCUAAGGAGGUGUCCGAGAACGUAGACAAUUUGAAAUAUCACGGUAACAAAGGUCCUUUGAAAAUAGAGUCGUUUGAAAACAACGGUAAAUUUCUCAUUGAUGCUAUCUCAGCAGGUUUUGAAGAUAUGGGAUAUCAGUCGUUUAACGAUGUAAAUGCACAACACCACGAGGGAUUUUUCAUGCUUCAAGGAACUUUGGACAAUGCGAGAAGAUGUAGCACUGCUAAGGCUUUCUUACAUCAGGUUCAAUCAAGACCGAAUCUUAUGAUAUCAAAACAUUCUUUGGUGCAGAGAAUUUUGAUUGAGAAUCAAACUGCUUACGGUGUUGAAUUCACCAAGGGAGGGAAUAUAUUUAUGGUUAAAGCUAAGAAGGAAAUAGUGUUAUCUGCUGGAAGUGUUAAUACACCACAGAUACUCAUGCUUUCUGGCAUCGGACCAAAAUAUCACUUGGAGAAAAAUAAUAUUGAAGUACUGAAAGACUUAAAUGUAGGCUUGAAUUUACAAGAUCACAUAUUAAUGAGGGGAUUUAUAAUAAGUCUCAAUGUUUCCUUGCCGUUGAAUAAUCCUUUGGACAGCAUUUAUGAUUUUUUAAUCAAUUCAAAAGGAAACUUAGCAGGAGUUAACAUUUUCAACUCCGCAGGAUUCAUAACCACCAGCAAAGCAGAUUAUCCAAAUAUUCAGUUCUUUUUCACAUCGUUCCCAGCCAAUUCCACCGGUGUUUUAAAACAGGCGUUGACUACCAUGGGAUUCAACAAAGGUAUACAGAAAUCGAUAUUAGAGAUUAACUCUAACAAGUUCACACUCUUUGUAAUGCCAGCAUUGUUACGUCCUAAAAGUAGAGGGCGAAUAUUACUUCGGAAUAAAAAUCCCUUUGAGCCCCCACUUAUAUACCCUGGCUACUUUUCUGAAGAGAAAGACAUCACUGAAACUCUUGAGGCAAUAGAUUUUUCCAAUAAAUUUGCCAAAACGGAAGCGAUGAAAAAGCUUGGCGCAAGAGUGGAGUAUGUCAAGAUUCCCGGAUGUGAAUCGUUUGUGUUUCAAUCUGAGUCGUACUGGCGUUGUGUGAUCAAACAUAUGUCUGUCACAGUGUAUCAUCCUGUAGGGACCUGCGAGAUGGGGUCAGUAGUUGACUCCAGGCUGCGUGUGAAGGGCGUCGGGAGACUACGAGUGAUCGACGCCUCCAUCAUGCCAACAAUCACUAGUGGCAACACAAAUGCACCAACCAUUGCUAUUGCGGAGAAGGGAGCUGACCUUAUCCGACAAUUCUGGAAGUAGCGACUUUUGUAAGAUUUGAUGUUGAGUAUUUCUGUAUGAAUUAGUUUUAGCUCAUUAAAAGAACUGAUGGUGACAGAAACAGGAAAUAAAUUAAUGGAAAAGUUCCUUGAUAAUUCGACUUUAAAGACCAGGAUCAAUUUUAUAGCUUACAUUGUAAU